AUGUCAACCGCCGAAGCCGCCCGCAUCGCGAACCUCAGGGAGGCGCAGAACAAGGCCAUCGCCAUGUUCAAGGAGAUUGAAGAGACGCUCAUCCGGCCGGGCGUCAGCGACAAGACGCUGAGCGCCGAGAUUGCGGCACUCGGCAAGGAGCGGCACGCGCUGGAGACGCACUGGCACAAGCGCAUCGUCCGCAGCGGGCCGAACACCCUGGCCGCGUACAAGGACAACCCGCCGGACCGCGUCAUCGAGGAGGACGACAUCGUCGUCGUCGACCUGGGCCCCGUCUUCGAGCGCUGGGAGGCCGACUUUGGGCGCACCUUUGUGCUGGGCGGCGACCCGCGCAAGCUGGCGGUGCGCGACGCCCUGGAGCCCACGUGGCUCGCGGUGCGCGACCGGUGGCGCGCGCGGCCGGGGAUGACGGGCGCCGAGCUCUUCGCCAUCGCCAAGGAGGCCGGCGAGGCUCAGGGCCGCUGGACCUGGGGCGCGGACAUUGCCGGACACAUUGUCGGGUCCUUCCCGCACGAGCGCAUCCCGCAGGACAUGAUGCCGCUGUACAUUGCGGCGGGCAACACGACGUCGAUGCGCACGGUGGGCAAGGACGGGCACAUGAGGCAGUGGAUUCUCGAGAUUUACCUCCAUGACAAGGAGGGACAGUUUGGGGGGUUCUUUGAGCAGCUCUUGACUGUUGAUGAUGACUAG